AGAAAACAUGAUUUGCAAUUUCCCGUUUGUUCAGCUAAUUUAUAUUUUUGGCCAAAUAUUUUCUUGUACCGUAAACCAUGGAUAACGCCAAAAAUUCUCCCCGCGCGGCUUCUGCUUCUGCUUCUGCAAGCAAUCGGCCAUCAGGUAACACUGGAAGUUCACACUCGUUGGAAAGCUUCCCCAGUCAUAGAGGGAAGAGAAUGGUUAGCGAUAGUAUUCAUUCAGCUUUGGCAUGUGAUGACAUCCUCACUGAAAUCCUCCUUCGUUUGCCAGAGAAAUCUAUUUUCAAACUUAUUCUCGUGUCCAAAAGAUGGCUAUCCUUGAUUUGUAAUUUUUCAUUUCGUCGUAGUUACGAAAAGCAAUGGGGUGCACACACUCGUCUUUUUGGCUUUUUCGUAUGCAAUUUUCUUUACAUUGACAGACCACAAGACGGGGUGAGGCGCCCCCGGUCUGAGCCAGCUCUACCUCUACUUUCAACUUGUCAAGAGAGUGAUGAUUUAGUAUCAUCUGGAAUCUUAAGGAAACUUGGCUAUUUUAUUGACUACUCUGACGGGCUUCUUCUCUGUGGUCGUCACCCUAAACAUUAUUAUAUCUGGGAUUCUGUCACCAAGUACCGACGCCAACUUCCUCAACCUCAAAAGCACUACAAAUAUCUAUGUACUGCAUUCAUUACAGAAGACCCUGGCCCAGAUUGCGGAGAUAUUGUGUAUAGAGUUGUUCGAGCAAACUGUGAAUGCAGAGUUGAUGUAAUUAACACCAUCUCUAUAGAGACUUUCUCCUCUCGGACUUGGACAUGGAAGCAAUCCACUCUUGUUUGUUCUUCAGAUUUUGCUUUGAGCCCGUGGACAGUAGGCACUGUGAUUAAAGAAGUUAUUUACUGGUUUGGAACAUAUCGAAGUCUAGCGAUUUAUGAUCCCGGAUUCGGAGAAAGGCGGAUAACCUCAAUCAAGCUACCGACCGGUAAGCUGACUCAGGACUAUGAGGACUCCAUUUUAGGAGUGUCAUCAGAUGGGCUUUUGCAAUAUGGUCAAAGUGGGAAGCUUGGUUUGGAAACAUGGGUUCUCUUCAAGGAACAAGAUGACUCCUCAUCAUCAUCAUCCUACACCAUAGAAUUCGACACUCAUUGCGAGUACCGGUGGAUGCUACGACACAAGUUAAGCUACAAAGACUUGUGGAAGCAGAACCCGAAUUCAGGUCUUCGCUCUAAAGAAACUCAAAUAUUAUCAUUUAUUCGUCGAAACUCCGACUCUGUUUUCAUUAGGUUGGGAACAAGCAUCUACCAAUGUAACAUCAGAAGCAAAUCACUGGAAGUGACUCCUUACCAUCAUGGUGAUUUUUCUAUUCCAUGGGAUUUUUGUAAAGUAGUGCCUUACUUUCAAAAGAUUUGGCCCCAAUCCCCUUUCCCCACCUCCCCAAACACAGUUAAGCAGCUACUAUGACCAUGAGAUGCCUGUUCUGUUGCCAUUUCUUCUUUUGUUAAUGAUGCUUGGGAGGUUAUCUCUUUUUGUUUGUA